UGGCAUAAUUAUAAUAAAAUGAUAACAAUAUGGUAAAGUAUAAAAUACAAAUAAGCUAAUCUACAAAUAUAAUAUUUAUAAUUCAAUUAUGGAAUGGAGACUGCAAAAGAGAUUGUAUUCACACUACCCCUUCAACAUUGUUUACUGCUAAUAUCUCGGCAUGUUUUAACUCUGUUUUGGUGGGUUAGGCUUACAAAAUUCUCCCACAGCUUUAAAGAUAACUACUAGGCUAAACAGGGUCCUAGCAGAAAACACAACAUGAACAACACCAUGGAAGAAGACAAUUACACACAAGAUGGGACUGUGGAUAUCAAGAAUAAACCAGCUAAUAAGAAGACAACCGGGAAUUGGAAAGCAUGUCGUUUCAUUCUUGGAAAUGAAUGCUGUGAAAGGUUGGCAUACUAUGGAUUAGGUACUAAUCUUGUGAACUAUCUUACCGAUCGUCUAAGCCUGGGAAAUGCUGCUGCAGCCAACAGUGUGACGAAUUGGUCUGGAACAUGUUAUGUCACACCAUUACUGGGUGCCUUCCUUGCUGAUGCAUACUUGGGAAGGUUUUGGACAAUUGCUAUAUUCUCCAUUAUUUAUGUGUUUGGUGUGACUUUCUUAACAUUAUCUUCUUCUGUUCCUGGACUAAAGCCAUCCUGCAACAGCUCUGGUUGCCACCCUAAAGCAUCACAACGUUCUUUUUUCUUCUUCUCAUUGUAUCUAAUUGCGCUUGGUACUGGUGGAAUCAAACCUUGUGUCUCAUCAUUUGGUGCAGACCAAUUUGAUGAAACUGAUGAGAUUGAGAGGAAAAAGAAAAGUUCUUUCUUCAAUUGGUUUUAUUUUUCAAUCAAUGUCGGAGCACUGAUUGCUUCGUCAGUUUUAGUCUGGAUUCAAAUGAAUGUCGGAUGGGGUUGGGGAUUCGGAGUCCCUGCUGUUGCAAUGGCCAUUGCAGUUGUGUUUUUCUUCUCAGGUAGUCGACUGUACCGAAUUCAAAAACCUGGAGGGAGUCCCCUUACAAGGAUUGCUCAGGUGAUUUGCGCGUCCUUCAGAAAAUUCAAUGUUAAAGUUCCCAAAGACAAGUCUCUUCUAUAUGAAACUGCUGAUGAGGAGUGUACUAUCCAAGGGAGCCGGAAGCUUGAGCAUACGGACAAGUUAAGCUUCUUUGAUAAGGCAGCUGUGGAGACUGACACUGAUGAAAAAAAGGGCGGAUCGGCAAACCCCUGGAGACUUUGCACAGUUACUCAAGUUGAGGAGCUGAAGGCUGUGAUUCGUUUGCUUCCUAUAUGGGCUUCUGGAAUUGUCUUUGCUGCUGUCUACAGCCAAAUGAGCACCAUGUUUGUUUUGCAAGGCAACACAAUGGACCAACACAUGGGGCCUCACUUUGAAAUUCCAUCUGCGUCUCUUUCCCUCUUCGACACUCUCAGUGUCCUCUUCUGGGCUCCUGUCUACGACAAGAUCAUUGUUCCAUACGUCAGGAAGUUCACUGGCCGAGAGAGAGGCUUCACCCAGCUACAACGAAUGGGAAUUGGUCUUGUCAUAUCCAUGAUUGCCAUGAUCACUGCCGGGAUUUUGGAAGUCAUCCGUCUAGACAUUGUUCGCAAGAACAACUACUAUGAUCUCAAGUACAUUCCCAUGUCGAUUUUCUGGCAAGUCCCACAGUAUUUCCUUGUGGGAUGUGCUGAAGUUUUCACUUUCAUAGGGCAGUUAGAGUUCUUCUAUGACCAGGCACCCGACGCAAUGAGAAGUAUGUGUUCGGCUCUCUCCCUCACAACCGUUGCACUAGGCAAUUACUUGAGCACUUUGCUUGUUACUAUUGUAACCAAUGUUACCACAAGGAACGGGCAACUCGGUUGGAUUCCUGAUAACUUGAACAGAGGUCACCUUGACUACUUCUACUGGGUUUUGGCCAUCCUCAGCUUGGUAAACAUCUUUGUAUAUCUAUUGAUUGCAAACUGGUAUACCUACAAGAAGGCAGUAGGUCCUGCCAAAUAAGAAUCUAACUAAUCUCUCUCUUUGUGUUUAGUUAUUUUUUAAAAGGGUUGUUUUCAAGGUCUUGUUAUAUUCUCAUUAUUUGUUUGUAAAUGUGGUAGUGGUAGAAGAUGGCAUGUUUACAUUUUCAUUACAGAGUUAAAGUCCUGGUAUUGGAUUUAGUGUUUGUAUGGAAGGUCAAGAAAGUUGGUGAAGUGCUAAAUAUGAUUUUAUUUUUGGGUUGAA